AUGUCCGUCGCGUCAACACCCCCUUCGUCAUCUCGCUCGUCAUCUCUUUCUUCAGCCGGAGCACCUCCUACACCUCCGAACAUGCACCAAAACACCAUCGAUCCCGCCGCCGAGUGGCUUGUCCAGAAAUUUGGAGGGACUAGCGUUGGGAAAUUCGCGGCGCAGAUCGCAGAGACGAUCAUCCCAGAGUAUCUGGACCAGCACAAGGUCGUCAUCGUGUGUUCGGCACGCUCAGGCUCUACGAAGGCUCUCGGUACCACAAAUCUGCUCCUUCGAGCAGCAGGAGAAGCCUUGAAGCGGGAUAACAGCGCGUCAGAGACCCCUGGAGACAGCUCGAUCUCAAGGCUAACGCAGUAUUCAUCGCCCUUCACAAGCCCGGGAAAACACGUCAACGCUGCGCGCUCGGUCAUCAGGAAGCCUGAGAUUCUCAAGGAGUUGGAGGCCGAGAUAGACAGGGAUUGCGAAUCAAUCCGGUCCUUCCUGUUUGCCACUCAGAUCAUAGAUGAGAUAUCCCCAAGGUCUAGAGAUAGCAUCGUUGGCUUUGGCGAACGGUUAGGAUGCAAGCUAAUGACUGCCAACGUCGACGCUGAGUUCGUGAGUCUGGAAAACGUCAUUCCAGCAGCGGAAGGCGAGAACUUCUCGGACUCGGACACUCUUGACCAAGACUUUUAUGACCGCGUCGCGGAAUUAGUCGCAGAGAGGAUCAAGCAGUGUGGCAGUCGCGUUCCGGUCGUUACCGGCUUCUUCGGGCCUGUGCCUGGCUCUCUUCUCAAGCAGAUUGGGCGUGGCUACACAGACCUUCUUGCUGCGCUCAUGGCGGCCGGCCUGGGAGCGUCGGAGCUCCAGAUUUGGAAAGAAGUCGAUGGAAUCUUCACCGCGGACCCACGAAAGGUCCCCACAGCCAGGCUCAUCCCGAUCAUCUCACCUGAGGAGGCCGCCGAGCUCACGUACUACGGGAGCGAAGUCGUGCACCCGUUCACGAUGGAUCAGGUUAUUCGGCGCAAGAUUCCCAUCCGCAUUAAGAACGUCGAGAAUCCCACAGGAGGCGGGACUGUGAUUCACCCCGACCCAGACUUCGACCUCUCGCACCUGAACGGCACGGAAUCGCCCGUCCCCGCGGUAGCCGUGCCGUCGUUCGUUCCGUUUGCGUCUCCAACAGGCGACAAACACAACAGGGAGCACAUCAUCGUGCUGAACGUCAACUCAAAUCGCAAGAACGUCUCGCACGGGUUCUUGGCGAGCAUAUUCGGGACGCUCGACCGCUACGGCGUCGUCGUCGACCUCAUCAGUACCAGUGAGGUGUACGUCAGUAUGGCCAUCGAGGAGAACCUCGAUAAAAAGGUGCUGGAGCGCGUCGUGCGCGAGCUCAAGAAGACCGGCACGGUCACCGUCGCCCGCGACAUGGCCAUCCUCUCGCUCGUCGGGCGCUCGAUGCGCAACAUGAUCGGUAUCUCUGGCCGCAUGUUCACCACGCUCGGGCAGGGGAACGUGAACAUCGAGAUGAUCAGCCAAGGCGCGAACGAAAUCAACAUUUCAUGCGUCAUCGAUGGUCGUGACGCCGUGAAGGCACUCAACCUCAUUCACCAAGCCUGCCUGCAAAUCAAGCACGAGGGCGAACGCGGUCGCAUUGGCCCCUGGCUCUUCUAA